GACUUGAAGUCUAGCCCCUGACAGUCGCUUGUUACUCGCUUCCCUUCCGAGUAUUCGGCGAAUAAUAUGGGGGCACCGCCCCGAAAACACCUGCAGCCAGUCGAUUCAACCGGAACGGUCAGAUUAGUAAGUGAAGAAUCGCAAUUAAGAUGCCUGAGUGGAACAUAGGAAAAUACUGCCGUUUCGAAAAAGGUCUAUUUUGAUAUUGAAUGUGUGCACCUCUCUCGCCUCAUCUGAGACUUCAUAUAAGCUGGCGUUGGCUCCAUUGCUUUGCGCCCAGGUCUCUCGGUCUCCUAUCACACAACUUAUCGUACUACAAAGCUAUCACUUAGAAUUCAAAAGCUUUCUUCUUUCCUUAAACGAGACAUCUAGCUGCUAUACGAAAGCAAAGCGCUAUUCACAUAUCUUCCAUAUCCUAGAUUCCAUCUCUCACCUACGCCAUAAUGACCGCCUGUCGCAAAGUCGUCAUUACCCAAUUCGGCGACGAGGACGUCCUCAAGGUCGUGGACGACAUCUGCCCGCACCCGCCCGCAGGCCACAUACAGAUCGUAGUAAAAUACGCAGGCUUCAACGGCGCCGACGUCAACAUGCGCAAAGGCAUCUACCCCUUCCAGAAGAAGGCGCCCCUCACGCCGGGCUACUGCCUCGUGGGCAGCGUCCGCGCCAACGGCGAGGGCUGCGCCGCCUUCGAGGUCGGCGACGUCGUGGGCGUCCUGACCAAGUACGACGCGGACGCGACGCUCGUCAACCAGCCGGAGAAGUACGCGAUCCGGGUCCCGGACGGCGUCGACCACGUGCAGGCGACGGCCAUGAUCAGCGACUGGUUCACGGCGUACACGAUGAUCAAGCACACGGCGAAGGUGGCGCGGGGCCAGAAGGUGUUCGUGCACGGCAUCAGCGGCGCGGUGGGGUGCGGCCUGAUGGAGCUGAGCCGGCUGGAGGGGGCCGAGGUGUACGGGACGGCGAGCGAGCGCAACCACGACGAGAUCCGGGCGCGCGGCGCCACGCCGUUCGCGUACACGGACAAGCGGUGGAUGGACGUGAUGAAGGAGCUCGGCGGCGCGGACGUCGUCUUCGACCCGCUCGGCUUCGAGAGCUUCGACGAGAGCUACGCCGUCCUGUCGCCCAACGGCUUCCUCGUCGCUUACGGCAACAACAAGAGCGUGCUCGAGAACGGGCAGGCGCGGAGCCCGUGGGGCCCCGUCGCGAAGCUGAUGGCGCGCAACCUGAACUUCAUGUGCGGCAAGAAGGCCACCUUCUUCGGCAUCUCGCGGGACCAGGCCACUUACAGGUCCGACAUCGAGGCGCUGCUGCAGAUGCUAGAAGCGGGUACUAUUACGGCCCCGGUCAAGAAUAUCUGGGAUAUGGAAGAUAUCAAGACUGCGCAUCGGGAAUGGGGGCGCGGGACGGGCAUCGGAUCGCUGUUCAUCAAAGUGGCUAAAGAGUAGGUAGGGUAGAUUCGUGGACGGUUAGAUCUCUUUUGUUAUGACAGGAUUUUCAGCUCGGGCUAAUUAUUUGGAGUUUGCGAUGGAAAGAUGGAAAGUUUCCCGGUCAUAGUUUUUUCUGUCUUGAUACCAAUACUACAGGAAAGCCUCUUACGCAAAAUGGCGUUCUUAUAAAUUGAAUCUACGUCGUUGUAUGUUGAUAUUCCAACCCUUACAUGCACAAGCCGGGCGUAGUAACCUUGUAAGCUA